GCCUGACUAUAAAACACCAGUGCGCAGGUACAGAGUUGUGCUGGACAUAUCUGGACAACCAAUUCACAAUGCUGAGGCUCCUUGUACUCGCUGCUCUGGUCCUUUGUGGAUAUGCUGCUGAUGAAAAACUCAGAUUCAUUGAGGACAAUGCAAAAGUUGUAGGAGGUACCGACGCUGCUCCUAAUGCAUGGCCCUGGCAGAUCUCUCUGCAGUAUCUCUCUGGCAGCAGCUGGUACCACACCUGCGGAGGUUCCCUGAUCCGUGCUGACCGUGUUUUGACUGCUGCUCACUGCGUGGACAGAGUUGUCUCCUUCCGUGUGGCUCUUGGUGAUCACAACCUUAGUAUAAAUGAGGGAACUGAACAGAUCAUCGCUGUGUCCAGCAUCAGAAAGCAUGCCGGCUGGAAUCCUAACAACGUAGCUGCUGGUUCUGAUAUUGCCAUCCUCCAUCUGGCUGCCAGUGCCACUCUGAAUAACGCUGUUAAAGUGGCUUCUCUGCCAGCUGAUGGCAGUAUCCUGGCCAACAACUACAGCUGCACAAUUACUGGAUGGGGAAGAACCACCACUGGUGGAUCUCUGCCUUCCAUCCUCCAGCAGGCUCCCCUGCCCGUUGUUGCACACGCAACCUGCUCUACCAGCUCCUAUUGGGGCAGCACUGUGAAGACAACCAUGGUGUGCGCUGGUGGCAACGGAGUCCAGGCUGGUUGCAAUGGUGAUUCUGGUGGACCUCUGAACUGCCCAGUCAGUGGAGUGUACGAGGUGCAUGGUAUUGCUAGCUUUGUUUCCUCCCUUGGUUGCAAUGCUUACCUGAAGCCCACAGUGUUCACCAGAGUGUCCGCUUACAUCCCCUGGAUUAACAGCAACAUCUAAACCAAGACCACGGAAAGCAAGGCAGUUUUUGGAAUCAAUUCUAUUAAUAUCAAUGGAAAUAUUAAAAGUGUUAAAAAUGUGAUUAAAGAUUGUUUGUCACAAGGA